UAUCCCGAAAAUUUCUACACCAUACACCUCACGUUACAACAAUCAUUCAUAUACGAUAAUGUGGGACUCGUACACGUGGACUUUGUUGUUCCUUACGGGGGUGAUAACCGCGGUCUUCUUCUACAUCAAGAGCCAGUUUUCAUUCUGGUCAAGACGAGGUGUUCGCUGUCGCAAACCGCAUUGGUUCUUCGGCAGCCUGAGAGACUCCCAAGGCGGUAAGUUGGCUCUACCCGAGCUGCUUUUGGACCUCUACAAGGAGUCGAAGGGCCAGAGAUUCGCCGGUAUUUGGGAGUUCUACUCUCCGGAAUUGGUCGUCCUGUCACCCGAUUUGAUCCAGGACAUACUGGUGAAGGAUUUCGCGACAUGGUCGAGCCGCGGCGUGACCGUGAACCUGGACGUCGACCCGUUGGCGGCGAAUCUGGUCAACCUCGACGGAAAGAAGUGGAAGGUGGUACGGAGCAGACUGUCGCCAACGUUCACCUCAGGGAAGCUCAAGUUGAUGCAUAAUCUGCUGCUCGAGUGCAGUAAGGAGUUCAUGGAUCACCUGGACCGCGUCACCGCGAUGAACCAGGUGGUCGAGGUCAGGGAAUUGAGCGCCAAGUAUUCGACGGAUGUUAUCGGUUCCUGCAUAUUUGGGAUACAGAUGAACUCGCUGAGGGAUGAGAGCUCGAUAUUUCGUGCGAUAGGGAAGAAGAUAUUUCCAUCGUCCAGGAUCAGGACCGUCAGCAAAGCCGUGCAGCUCCACUUUCCAUGGCUCUUCAGGCUCCUUAAACUGUCAACGAGAACCCGCGAGGUCACGGAAUUCUUCGUCUCUCUGACAAAGGCCAACUUCAAGUACCGCGAGGAGAACAACGAGCGGCGAAACGACUUCAUGGAUCUUCUUAGGGACCUUAAAAACACCGAGGAACCACUCAACGAAGACGAUAUCGAGUUCAACGACGAGCUUCUCGCAGCUCAGGCCUUCAUCUUCUUCGGUGCCGGUUUCGAGACCAGUUCUUCGACUCUAAGCUUUUGUCUUCACGAGUUGGCCGCAGAUAAGAAUCUCCAGGAUCGUCUACGGGACGAGGUGCGACGUACCAAGGCAAAAAUGGACGGGGAAAUCACCUGGGAUGGAUUGAGGAGCAUGAAGUACCUGGACAUGGUGUUUCAGGAGACUCUGAGGAAGUAUCCACCGCUUCCGAUCCUCGUCAGGACCUCCGUUAAACCCUACCGCAUACCAGACACCGAUAUCGUACUUCCCGAGGGAACGGGAUGCAUCGUUCCCAUCUACGCUCUCCAUCACGAUCCAGAGUACUAUCCGGAUCCGCAGAAAUUUGACCCUGAAAGAUUCGACGAGGAGAUGAAGAGCCAGCGAUCGCCUUUCACCUACUUGCCCUUUGGAGGGGGGCCCAGAAUAUGCAUUGGUCUUCGGUUCGCCGAACAGCAGGUGAAGCUGUCGAUUUUUCAACUGAUAGACAACUUCGAGGUUUCUCUGUGCGAGAAAUCAAAACAUCCUUUACAACUUAAUCCUAAGGCUGGAUUUCUUCAGCCCAUCGGCGGUAUUUGGCUUAGAUUAUCCCGCUGCGUCGUUUCUAGUUCGGCUAAUGAGUCUGACCGGUGAAAGUCGAUGACGUCAAGUCUAGUUUCGAAUGAAUAAGGAAUUU